ACAACGCGCUUUCCAUCCACCCCUUUGAAUCAUUCCAAAUUGCCAAGCGUGAUCUAUCAUUGUCAUACACAUCACAAGACGUACACCAAAACAAACCUAGCAUUCUUCUCUCCAUCCAUAACCGAACAAAAUUAAAGAAAAAAAAAACCCACUAUUCAAAACCAAAUCCAAAAACCAAGACACCCCCAUUAGGUAGCUAGGCCUUAAUUGAUCUCCUUUUCUUUCACCACCACCAACAACGAUGUCCAUGCUCGAAACCGACCAAAUCAAGCAACUGAACGACAUAUUCAAGCGCUUCGACAUGGACCAGGACGGCAGCCUGACCCACCUGGAGCUGGCGGCGCUCCUCCGGUCCCUGGGCAUCAAACCCACCGGCGACGAAAUCUACGCCCUCCUCUCUAACAUGGACGAAAACGGCAACGGCUACAUCGAGUUCGACGAGCUCGUGCAUGCCAUCAUGCCUGACCUCACCGAGAGCGUCCUCAUCAACCAGGAGCAGCUCCUCGAGGUCUUCCGGUCUUUCGACCGUGAUGGCAACGGCUACAUCACAGCCAGCGAGCUCGCGGGUUCCAUGGCGAAGAUGGGCCAGCCACUCACCUACCGCGAGCUCGCCUCCAUGAUGGCUGAGGCCGAUAGCAACGGCGACGGCGUCAUUAGCUUCAACGAGUUCGCCGCCCUCAUGGCCAAAUCCGCCGCUGAAUUUCUCGGCGUCAAGGUCGCCUAGAUGGCUAGAUCAAUACGGGGCUAAUAAUUUCGUAUGUUUGUGUAACCCUUUUUAUUUUUUUGUGUUUUCUUUAGGGUACGUGUACGUUGGUGUAAAGGCAAGGAGAUCGAACAAAGAUAAAUAAUUAAGGGAUAUUUUGAAACGAAUAUUAUUUAUUUUGCCUUUGGAUUCAAGGAUUGACUAACUGUUAACUUGUAAAUACAUAAUUCACUUUUUUCUUGAA